AGUGAAGAUGGCCAACGAUAGAAGGAUCAAAUCAGCUGUAGACUUGAUUAGCAAUUUACCAGAUGUGAUCCUCCAACACAUACUUUGCUUUAUUCCGAUCGAAUUGGCCAUCACAACAUCCCUCUUGUCUAGACGUUGGAGGCAUGUAUGGUGCGAGAUAUCUUCUCUCUCCUUUAAUGCCAAUACACUGACCGCAGCUUUUGUAAACGAAACCCUAACUCGCUACACAGCUCCCAAUACGAAGAGUUUUCACCUCACUAUAACACCCUAUCCUGAGAACAUACCCUACAUCGACAGGUUGAUCAAGUUCGCCGUGUCACACAACGUUGAGAAUCUGUCCCUCGAUUUCUCUAGUCAUUAUUAUGUAAAGCUUCCAGAUUUCUUUUGCAACAGUUCUUCUGUCAAGCAACUCAACAUUGAUAUAGGAUUUUCUCAUAUGAUUGUUCCGGAAUAUUGCACUGUGUCUUGGACAGCCUUGCAGAAGUUAUCCUUGAGUUGUUGUACACUCACUGAUGAAUCCAUGGCUAAUAUUCUAUCCGGUUGUCCGGUCCUUGAAAACUUAACAUUGUAUAACUGCGUUGUACUAAAGGUUCUUGAUCUUAGCAUACGUCUGAGAACAUUAGAUGUAAAGUGUACCAUGAUGGAUUGGGGGUCAACGCAAAUUGUGGCACCACACAUCCACUGUCUCAGAUUGUUAAACUCUCAGUCAUCAUCACCUACUUUGGUUAAUGUUGAUUCUCUAACCGAAGCUAAACUGGAAAUUCUCUUCUCAGUGAACAGUUACUUCACGUUCAAGGCCGAUUUUUUUCAAACCAUGGUGCUAAAGAUGCUAGAAAAGUUACAGAACGCAGAGAAGCUUACGUUUGGGGGAAACUUUAUUCAGAUUUUAUCUCUUGUUGAGAUUCGUGGUGUUCCUUUUCCAAUGCUCAAGGUCAAAGCACUAACUCUUGAUACAAAGAUCUCUCAGUAUGCUAUUCCUGGUAUGGAAAGACUGUUACAAAACUCUCCUGAUUUAGAGAAGCUAACAGUACGUUCAAGGAAUUUCAACACCUUACUGGAGAAGCAUCUUGACAAAUACUUGGAAAUAAAAGGCUUUAAUCUGAACACAUGCUGGAGAUCAAAAGAUGGAGCCUCUUGGAACAAGUGUGGUGUGUAUGCAAAAUCAAAGCAUGUGACUUCAUUAGUGGAACUUAUUCUUAAAAAUACAAAGAAACUAGACAAGGUGGUGGUCCUGUUGGAUGAACUUUACCUUAAGUUUAAAAUUAAAGACGUUGUGGUUCCAUCACUUCCUGGCUACAAAAAUGUCAACGUUGUGCUCUCCACUACCAAGUUGAUGGCAUUAGAGAACUGGUGAAAUGAAUCAUAGGGGGUUGAAGUCUUGGGUUUUAUUGAACGUUUGCUUUUACUUUCUGUUUCUAAUAACUGGUGUACUUUAUUUGACAUUUUUACAUCGAGUCUAUUGAAAACACAGUAGAAGAUUUUGGUUUGUUCACACAAAAUGCCGUAUAUAAGUGGAGUUCUUUAGAGUAUAUCAAAACAUAAUGUGAAUCAGUUCUCCAAUAUUGCUAGAUUUAGCCUGCCUGGGAUAAUAGUUUUAUAACUACAAACAAACAAACAUUGUUUAGUUGUAAACUGCAGGCCAUCUUCAUCUAUUUUUUUUGUUUACUCUGUUUUUGUGAUCAAGAAUAAGAGAAACGUUUUUGGACAUGGAAACCUUAGAGUGAAGUAGAUGGAGUAACUGAUUUUUUCAAUACAUUACACAAUAUCUUUGUUAAACCGGACCGGAUAUCUUUUGAUCACGACCUCGUCCUCCUCUGCCACCACCUCUUCCAGCUUAGCUCUUUUGUUCUCCCGACCACUUGGGAGCAUGUGUCUGGUCCAGUCCAUGUCCUGGCCUUUUACACACCUUACAGAACUUGUUUUUCACUUCUUUUCCAGAUAAGCUUCUUCACAGCAAAAGCAGUCUUUGCACCUUGUUGUUCUCUUCCACUCAUCACAGUGUUGACCCGUUCAAAAGAUUUUAUCUUGGAGUAAACCUGGAAGGCAUCGGGUCAGUGCUGAUGAUUGAGGCACGAACAGUCCGUACACAUCUCCAUCUAGUCCCCAUAGGAACUGAUGAACCUUGUCUUUAUCUCGCUUCUUUUCCAAAUCAGCGGCGAUACGGCAAGUGCAUCCCCCACACUUACACAUCACUGUCUUGUCAUAGUUGGUCAAAUCAUCUUCGUCAUUUUUCCGAAGUACUCAAUCACAGCACCUCCUUGUCUGAGACAUGCCAACUCCGCUUUUAUCUCUUGUACAUAUUUAUACAAGAAAGCAGAACAUUCUCGAUCUUCUCCAUACU